AUGGGAUUAUCCACAACACAAUAUGGCUUGAUACUACUCAACAUUGCAUUUCGACUAUACUCGUCACUCUACAUGAUCAUAGGAGACUGUGACGAGACGUUCAAUUACUGGGAGCCACUAAAUUUACUAUUGCGUCAAUUUGGUAAACAAACUUGGGAGUACUCUCCAGUCUACUCAAUCCGGUCAUAUGCCUACCUAAUACCUUACUAUAUUGUUGGAAAAGUACUACAGGCUCUAAAUGUAACUCCUAUUAAUGUGUUUUAUGGUAUACGUGUGGUGGCACUAGGUGGGUUCACCUCAUUCGUUGAGUUGAAUAUGUUCACCAACUUGAAUUCGUACUCGGCGAAUUUGGCAAACUGGUGGCUAUUCCUAUCUAGUAUCAAUAUUGGAAUGAGUCAUGGCGGUAUUGCGUUAUUGCCUAGCUCGUUGGCUUUGCAAACUACAUUAUUGGCGAAUGCAUAUAUCUUCAAGAGUCUCGUUAGUGAAAAGACGAGCACCAGAGAGAGUAAUUUAUUGAAAGCUGUAACCUGGUAUUUUAUUGGAGGGCUUUUGGGCUGGCCAUUUGCUUUGGCGUUGGGAUUGCCCGUUGGUGUGUACACAUUGGGGCAAGUUUUGCAGCUGCGAGUUGUUGGCACGAUUUUGUUCAAGAUCGGACUAAUAUUAGUAUCCAUUGUGGCAGUUAUCACACUCAUUGAUUCAUACUACUUACAGAAGCUUGUUUUUGUGCCGAUAAACAUUGUAUUGUACAAUGUGUUUGGAGGUGAAGGUGAAGGGCCAGAAAUUUUCGGGGUUGAGCCAUUGAGUUACUACAUUCUCAAUUUAUUGCUAAAUUUUCAAAUUGUGUUGCCGUUAGCUGUUUUGGGCGCUUUGAUAAACCCAUUCGUUACAACAAAUGCCAAACGGUUUAGUGUUGUUGUUUCAGCACAAUUGAUAAUUUGGUGUGGUAUAUUUUUCAGUCAACCGCACAAGGAAGAACGGUUCAUGUACCCAGUAUAUCCGUUGAUUAAUCUAUCUGCUGCCAUUUUUGUGUCGAAAUUGACAACAUUAGUGAAAGGCAGAUUACCUAGGUCCAUAUACAAUGUUGCCCAAGUUGGUUUUGUUGUGGCUGUGCUCCUCAUUGCAGUGCUUAGAAUUGCCAACUUGGUUGAAAACUAUGCAGCGCCACUUCAGGUAUAUGAAGCUGUGUCGCAAUUACCCGUUGCACCGUCUUCCAAUCAGAUCAAUGUAUGCACAGGAAAAGAAUGGUAUCAUUUCCCCAAUUCAUUCCAUAUACCACACCAACAUCGAUUACGGUUUGUUGAAUCUGGCUUUGAUGGAUUACUACCAGGUGAUUUUUUUGAGCCCACAACCUCAAUCAUUGAGUCGACUACGUUUGUUCCGCCACACAUGAAUAACAAAAACCAGUUUGAACUGGAUAAAGUAAUUCCUUGGGAGCAAUGUGAUUAUUUUGUUGAUAAUACGCAAGCAGAGUCUAUUCCUCAGUUGAUUAGACCGGACUUGUCUGUUGAUGAGACCAAAUGGCAAAUUUUGCAAUGUAACAAGAUGAUUAAUCCAAAUGGGAAACACAAUUCCAUUGGGAAAUUGAUUUAUAUACCGCAAUGGGCAAGAAGAUUGGUGCCCUAUAACGUUGAGUAUAUGGAUUUAUGUCUAUUGAAGCGAGUGGGAGAAAAAGGAGCAUGA